CUCAGUAGCUGAAUUAAUCGACCACCAGACACGAAGUUGGCGAACUGAGUUACUGCAGGCGCACUUCAAUCCGGAGGAUAGAGUUUUGAUUCAAAAAAUCCCCAUCCCCAAGUAGCCAAUGGAGGAUAGGAGAAUUUGGAGUAAGGAGCAAAGGGGUGAAUACUCAGUUAAAUCAGCCUAUAGACUCUGGGAGAGCAGGAAUGAGGAGGAGGAGGGAGAACUAUACACGCCAGUCGGAUGGAAGAGAUUCCGGAAUCUUAAAAUACCCCCAAAGGUGAAAGUGUUUGGAUGGAGAUGGUUAAGAAACAUUAUUCCCACGGGAGCUAGGAUUGUAGAACAAACUCAAAAGGGCUCUGAAGGAUGCCCUUUCUGUGACCUAAAGGAAACACAUGAACAUAUUUUCCGCGAUUGCGGAUGGGUACGCAGGGUUUGGAGAUCAAGUUCGAUGGGUUCAUACAUAGAAAGAGGGGAGGACCUUACCUCGGAGGAGUGGUAUUGUGAGCUGCAGGAAACGGAGUCGGACGAACAACUGGGGUCUUUUCUUGUGGCCCUAUGGUACAUCUGGGAUCAGCGCAAUUGUCAAUUGUGGAAUAAGAAAAAAUUGGAAGAAUGGGAGAUAGCACCCAGGGCAAAUGAAUGGCUGAAGGAUUACCUGGAGAAACAAACGAAGACACAGGGGGUUGAACGAGCUCCUGAUCUCCGAUGGCGGCCGCCGGAACUGAUACCGGUGAAAGUGAAUGUUGAUGCGGCUUGCAUGUCGGGGAAAGGAACGGGCUGGGGAGCUGUGAUUAGGGAUGGCGGCGGCCGAUGCCUGCUUGCAGCAGUAAAGCGAUCGAGAGUGCAGUGGAACCCUGAAGAUUCUGAAGUGAUGGCCAUUGAUUUUGGCUUGGAGCUGGCGAGGAGGAUGACCUUUCGAGAAAUGGAAAUGGAAUCAGAUAGCUUGGGAAUCAUCUCCCAGCUUAGACGAGAAGAAGAAAGACAAACGGAAAAUGUGCUGCUAUGUGAGGAGGUUCGGGCCAAAGCCCAAGAGUUUGACAGGGUCAUCUGGAGUUUUGUGGGGCGGGAAUUCAAAAAACCAGCCCAUUUUAUGGCACAUGUGAGCUGCAAUUGGGAUGAAGAAGAAAUAUGGAUGGAUAGACCACCGUUUUUUCUUGAACCUCUUCUCAAAGAGGAUUGUAGAGCAACUGAUAUCUAUGGUUAAUUAAUGGAACCAAGUUUUCUUUCAAAAAAAAAAAACUACAGAGUUCACCAAACUAAAACUAGGUAUACGUAGAGGUUGUUUUUUUACAAUGCAUUUUUUUUACUUUCAUUGUCGCUUGAGAUGCCAAAAGUCGUUAUUGUCCAACUCUUCUCGUUUUUUUUUUUUUUUUACAAUGUCCAACUCUCCUCGUUGUAAGAAAACUAUGAAAUGUCAGAUUUUUAAAAAAAAAUUUAUAAUUAACUUUCAUUUCCUAUGGGAAAAAACCUUUAUAAUGAAAUAAAGAUAUACAUAAAUUUCAUAAAUUAAAAUGGCAACUAUUAAUGUAGCAACUAUUAUAAGAAAAACAAAUAAGUAAAAUGACAUCCAUGCAUAUAAAGGAAAAAUACAUAUUUGGGCGAGUGAGUUGUUAUUCUAUAUAUGAUCAAAAUGUUAUUUACCAUCUUUACUUCAUUUAUACAUUGAAAACAUCCGGAAAAUGAUGUGCAAAAAUCACGAAUUUCAUACACUUGAAAAUAUUUUAUAUUCGGAAGUAAUUAGAAAAAAGAUGCAUAGGCUACACUAUUAUGAGUGCUGAUCCUGUGAUUAAGGGGUGCUUAGUCACUUGACUAAGCCCCUCCCAGCCCUUAGAUCUGAACACAUCAAUCCAAUGGUUAAAAAAUGGGAAGAUUUUUUUUAAUUAAUGACAUGGUUAGUUUCGGUAUUAUGAAAAAUUACGAAGUAUACAAAAUGGACUUACAAACAGUACAAACCGUACAAACAUACAAACAGUACAAACUAGAACGACAAAAUAUACUAAUAGAUUUACAAAAAAUUACAAACAUAAUGAACUGUUCAACAAUACAAACUACACCGACAAACAAUACAAACCAUACAAAAAGAAAAAACAACCAGGUUGACUUUGGAGGCUCCAUCCUAUAUAGAGGGGCUCCGUCCAAAGUCAACCUGGUUGUUUUUUUAGACAUACAAACAUUACAAACGUGGUGGACAAAAAUGACAAACUAGACCGACAAUUCAUACAAACUGGAAAAACACCCAGGUUGACGUUGAAGGCUCCAUAUCUAUAUAGAAGAGUUUCAUCCAAAAGUCAACCAUGUUGUUUAUUAGACAUAAAAAACAUUACAAACAUGGUUGACAAAAAUGACAAAGCUUACAAACAUUACAUAAGAAACGACAAACAUUACAAAAUAGUAAUGCUUACAAACAUUACAAAAGAAACGGAAAAUAGUACAAAACUUACUAACCGUACAAAAUGUCACUAAAAAUGACAAACAAGAAUGAUAAACAAUAAAAACAUUACAAAAUAGAUCAACAAACACCACAAAUAUAGCACUGUCGCCGAAAAAUCAUUCUCCAUCGGCACUGGUCGCUGGGAAGUCUCCUUCGGUUGCCGGAAAAAUCUCCUCCGAUCAGCAAAAAACUCUCUCUCUCAACAUGGUUGAUAAAAUUGAUAAACAUGG